AUGAUCAACGCGUUCUUGGUCUUUAAUGGCCAAGGCCAGCCCCGGUUGACCAAGUUUUAUACUCAGCUGGAGACAAACAUGCAGCAGCGGCUGAUAUCCGAAAUCUUUACGCUCGUAUCCAACCGGCCCACAGGGUCGUGCAACUUCCUCCCGCUCCCUCCCCUCCUCGCCGCCUCGGGCACCUCGCACACCGACUCAACCGAACAGAACGACGUGCCAUCCCUCGUCACGUACAGAAACUAUGCCACGCUCUUCUUCAUCGUCAUAUCGACCGCAACCGAGUCUCCGCUCGCACUCAUCGACCUGAUCCAGGUCUACGUCGAGGCGCUGGACAAGCUCUUUGAGAACGUGUGCGAGCUGGACCUGAUCUUCAACUUUGAGACGUUGCACUCGACCCUGAGCGAGAUGAUUGUCGGCGGCGUCGUCGUGGAAACGAACCUGGAUCGGAUCGUCGCGGGCGUGCGCUCGCAGGGCACUGUCGCCAAGAGGCAGACAAACGAAGGGAGAGGAGGCGGCGGUGGUAUAGGAUCUGGUUUGGGUAUUGGUGUUUGGCAUGGAAGGUGA